AUGGCUGCCCGGCAGAAAUCUAUGAGCGCUUCCCUUAUGGGGACUCUGGCGGCCAGCUGCCUCCUCCUCAUGGCCCUGUGGGUGCAGGGAGGAGCGGCUGUGCCCAUUGUGUCACCGUGCAGGCUCGACAGGGCCAACUUUCAGCAGCCUUACAUCACCAACCGCACCUUCGCGUUGGCUAAUGAGGCUAGUUUGGUAGAUAACAACACAGAUGUUCGUCUCAUUGGGAGCAAACUGUUCCAGGGAGUCAAGAUGAUGGAGCGCUGCUGUAUGCUGAAGCAGGUGCUGAACUUUGCCCUUGAAGAGGUGCUGCUCCCCCAAUCCAAUAGAUUCAAGCCCUACAUGCAGGAGGUGGUGCCCUUCCUGGCCAGGCUCAACAAAAAGCUAGGCCAAUGCCAUAUGGAGUGUGACAACCAGAAUAUCCAGAGAAAUGUACAGAAUCUGAAGGACACAGUGAAAAAGCUUGGAGAGAGUGGAGAGAUCAAAGUAAUUGGAGAACUGAAUUUGCUGUUUAUGGCCCUGAAAAAUGAAUGCACUCGUCCAGGGCAAAGCUCAGAAAUGGAUAACUAACGCUUCUUGCCUGUUAGAAAUAACAAUAAGAUCCCCUGAGGUUUUCUUUUAACAAAAGAAAAAGGGGACGCCAAACUCCACAGUCCUGUGUGGAUUCUAAACAAACCCCUGCUUAGCUUAAAAAAGAGAACAAUGUCACUUGUAUCCAUACGACCAGAAGGUAGACCUUCCAAGCGUAACGAGAUCUAUUAAUAGAUAACAUUUUAUCGUAGUUGGUGUUUUAUACACAGAAAUUUAAUUUUUAAGCAGUUGUCUAUUUCCCCACAAAAAAGAUUACUUUCCCAUCUCUUUAGGGAAAAAGCCCCUAAAUAAUUUCAUUUCCAUAAUCAAUAAUUUAUAUUUAUGAAUUAAUUUAUUGUUAUAAGUACCUGUCUUAUU